AUGUCAUCUCUAACGAAUUCGCCAAAUGGCAAAUCUACAAUUGACGCCAAGGCGCUGCUGGGUGCAUACCUCAAACAGUUACAGUCAAAGCCACUGAGGACAAAGAUGCUUACUCAAGGGUCAUUGUCAGCCUUGACCGAGAUUGUAGCGUCGUGGUUUGCCUACGGGCUCCCUGGCCACGGCCCAACAAUUACUGCCCGUGUCCCCCAAAUGGCGUUUUAUGGUGCGUGUAUCGCGGCACCAUUGACCCACUUUCUCAACACAACUCUGCAACGAAGUCUUCCGGGACGAGUAGUCUUGCAAAAUCUCAUCACUAUGCUCUUGUUCUUCCCCAUUCAAAAUACUGUAUAUCUUGCAUCAAUGGCCGUCAUUGCUGGCGCGCGUACAACCGAACAAGCUCGAGCUGCAGUUCGCGCCGGUUUGGUACCCAUGACAAAAGCUAUGUGCGCUAUGCACCCUGUCUUGAUUACUAUUGCAACCUUGUUUGUACCAAAGGAGGCUUGGGCUCCUUUCUUCAGCUUGGUUGGGUUCUGUCUGGGAACUUUCUUCAACACCAUGGCGAAGAAGAGGAGAGUUGCCGCGGCCGCCGCUGCUUCCAAGAAGGAAUCCUAA